CAGCUGAUCGCAUCCGAGAUGGCACAGAGAAGCAGUCCUGCAGUCCCCUACCAAGUGCCUGUCCUUGCUGUUUGCUUUUUGGCAGGCGUAGCCACAGGUUUGGAACUGUCUGUCAACAACCACGCUGCUGACUUCUCCCUGUCUACACUUCCUGCCCCUGCUGUCUCACUCUCCUGCCUAGUACAGAACAGCAGCCAGGCUGAGGAGCUGCUCUGGUACCGAGGAGAUGGGCAGGUGGAUCUGAGAGAUGGCAAUAAAGUGAAUGUCAGCAACAUCUGCAUAUCCCCAGUCACCGAGGCCGACAAUGGAGUCACCUUCUCGUGCAGGCUGGCACGGGACAAGUCUGUCCAGGUGUCAGUGGUCCUGGAUGUCCUCUUUCCUCCCAAUGUGAGUGGAGAAGAGUCCCUCCAGAUCGAAGAAGACAAAGAUGUUACUAUGACCUGCAAUGCCAAGUCCAACCCUCAAGCCCAAACGGCUUGGUAUAAGAACAACAGCACCCUGACCCUGCAGCAGGAUCGGUACCAGCUGUACCAGACCAGCGAGGUCGUUCAGCUCUCUAUCCAAAAAGUAGAGAAGUCUGACAAUGGCACCUACACCUGUGUGGUGAAUUCUUCUUUGGGAGAGGGGAGAAAGGAUUUCCACCUGAUUGUUGAAGACAAAAAGCCUGUUUUUCCCACGGAGGCUAUUAUUGCUGCCGCCGUGGUGGUUGCACUCACAAUAUUUUUUGGACUCGUGGCUCAAAAAGAUAAAAUAUGUAAGUGCUUCAAAAGGUCAAGUGAAACAGCUCUGUAACGACCACAAGGUUCCCGUGCACAGCCAGAAAACACUGUUUUUACUGGUAGAACUAAGCCAUGGAGUGAGAUGAUGAGAUAAAGCCCUGAAACAAGAGUUUUGGGUCAAGUUAAUGCAGUCUUUUCAAAAUAUAAGUGGUUCUUUGUGUCUGUUUAGUCUGACUUACUGCUCAGAGCACUGCUGGGGGCAGGGGGUGGUGGACUGCCUGGGCUGUUGCCAGAUCUCACCCUCCACACUUGUGCCUGCAAGGUAUGCACGUGCAGCCAGGCAUGUGGGCACGGGACUGAUCCAGAGGAAUCCUUACUGGGUUGCCACAGUCUGUAAUGUUGUUGCCCAUCAAUUAAGUGUGGUAUUAAGCUGGCAGCUGUUUCCUUGGCCUUGUCCUACAGUGCCAUUCCACAGGGUGUUAUGGGUGGUAGCCACCCAGCUUGCUGACCCUCCCCAGUAGUUCUACAGACUUCUCAGCUUCUGCUGGCCAGAGCUAAGCUGCCUGGCACUUUGCACUACCACUGCACCUCCCAUCUCCCUUAGCUAAGAACAGGGCAACGUGAAUGCUCCAGCACCAUGACAGCAGGAAGACCUCUCUCCAUCCCUCCUCCCAACAAAUAUGCCACUCAAGCAUUUUUCUCAAGGUCCUGACAAGCUUUUAAGGCCUCAUCAUGUUUUAGAAUGUAUAUUACUAAUAGCAUCAAUAAACACAGUGUGCUGUAAA